UAGCUUGCAGCUGUGUUUGAUAGCAGCAUGUAGAUGAGAAGCGGAGGACUCAACGCAGGCUGCGGGAGGUGACUUUCCUCAGUAGGAGACAACAAAAAGGGGAUUUUCGGUGAGAGUUAGCUUCGCCGCCAUGGAUUACUGGAGUGCCUUGGAGAUGUAUAAGGAGAUGGUCCUGCUGUAUCUGGAGGCGGGCCGGCGAGAGGUCAACUCGUGCUGUGCGGACCUGGAGCCGUGGCAGAUCAUUGGAGCGACAGUCAUCACCACACUGGGAGCAGUUUGGGUCAAAGGCUUCCUUUUCCAGCAAGAAAGUCUCACGUCCCGAAUCAAGAAGCAGUGCUUUCGACUCAUCAGAAAAAUCCCCUUUGUUGGCAUGGCAAUUCAGAGUCAGCUCAACAAGGCUUUGGAUGACAUGUCUGCUAGUCUGUGUACUCUGAAGAAUGGAAUGAGCUACACUAAACAGCUGCCGUCUAAAGGUCUCUCUCAGAGCCAAGUGCUGGACAAAAUCAGAGAGUACGAGACGCUGAAUGAGGUGCCGUGGGAGAAGGGCUGUGUUUCGGGUGCAGUGUACUGGGGCGAUGAAUCCCUGACCAAACUCUUGGUGAAGGUAUAUGGAGACUUUGCAUGGAGCAAUCCACUUCACCCAGACAUCUUUCCUGGCGUAAGAAAGAUGGAGGCAGAGGUUGUUAGAAUGGCAUGCACACUUUUCCAUGGUGGACCGAACUCCUGUGGCACGGUGACUUCAGGGGGAACUGAGAGCAUACUGAUGGCCUGCAAGGCAUACAGAGACAUGGCGUAUGAACGAGGUGUCAAAUACCCUGAAAUUCUUGCACCUGUGAGCGUCCACGCAGCCUUCAACAAAGCGGCGCACUACUUUGGGAUGAAGCUCGUUCACAUUCCCCUUGACAAGACAACUAUGAAAGUAGACGUGAAGGCUAUGAAGAGAGCCAUCAGCAAGAACACAGCCAUGCUUGUGUGCUCAGCGCCUCAGUUUCCUCAUGGAAUCAUGGAUCCCAUUGAGGAAGUAGGCAAGCUGGCUGUGCGCUACAACCUCCCACUGCACGUGGAUGCCUGUCUGGGAGGUUUUCUCAUUGUCUUCAUGGCCAAGGCUGGUUAUCUCCUCGCCCCGUUUGACUUCAGGGUAAAAGGUGUUACCAGCAUCUCUGCAGACACCCACAAGUACGGCUACGCCCCCAAAGGUUCCUCAGUGAUCCUCUACAGUGAUAAAAAGUACCGUCACUACCAGUACUUUGUAGCUCCAGACUGGCAGGGGGGAAUCUAUGCCUCGCCCUCUGUAGCGGGCUCCAGGCCAGGAGGAAUCAUCGCCGCCUGCUGGGCGACCAUGAUGCACAUGGGAGAGAACGGAUACGUAGAUGCCACCAGGAAGAUCAUCAGCACAGCACACAAAAUCAAAACAGAAAUCCGCCAGAUAAAAGGAGUGUUUGUGUUUGGGGAUCCAGAGGUGUCAGUGGUGGCAAUAGGCUCAGAUGUGUUUGACAUUUUCCGUCUGUCUAAUGCGCUGACAUCGAAGGGCUGGAAUCUGAACACAUUGCAGUACCCAUCCAGCAUCCAUAUUUGUUGCACAGUUCUGCACACCCAGCAGGGGGUUGCUGACCAGUUUAUUCGUGAUGUCAGGGAGCAGGUCGCCAUCAUCAUGAAGAACCCCAAAGAGAAAACCACAGGGAUGGGAGCGAUCUAUGGCAUGGCCCAGUCCAUCCCAGACAGAUCCAUGGUAACAGAGAUCUCCCGAGGCUUCCUCGACUGUCUCUACAGCACUGAGGUGCCCAAAGCAAACGUCAGCCACAUGAACGGCAACGGCAAAGCCCACUGAAACAGGAUUGGGCCCUCGUGGCCCGACCCCACCUCACGCAGGGAAACACGCUCGCCUCCUCCCAGAGCUCUGAGUUAAUCGCUCAACGGUUGCCUUAUCUUGCAUACCUACAACAUACGGAAAACAUCUGCAAAGAUCCGUGAAGCACAAACCAUUGUCAUUUAAAUCAGGCCAGAGGGAAAUUGCUUAUAACACUGUGCCUAAAUGGCACAGAGAAGAAGUGACAUGUUCCAAAUAAGUCUUUUCGUUAUGAUUUUCUUAAUCUCCUAGAAGUGUGUUGUUUUAUUUGUUUUUAAAAGUUCAUUUCAGUUUUAGCAUCUGUUAAAUGCAUAUUUCUGUCAUAAGCUCUACUGAUUUCAUAGAAUAAUCAUUCAGUUUUUUUUUUUUUUUUUUUAAACUCCAGAACAUUUCAGCCUGCCGUCACUGCUUUAAAAUCUGUGACUCAGCAAGAACACAGACCACUGAAAGCUCUUUAGAAACGCUGCUUUGCCCUCUAGCAUGAAACCUGAUGUACUGCUCUAGACUGGCUCUACAUGUGGGGGUCUGUUGAAUGCUCAUGGUUGGCAUUAUCUCGGGAAAAUAGCAUUUGAAUGAAAAAGCACUGCAAUGCCCUGGCAAGAGCAUAUCAGGUUAAUCUGUAAAUCACUUGAAAGUACAGUUCUCUGAUGUUACGGUAGCAGUUUGUCUGUAAGCAUGAACGUGAUUAUCCUUGUUUGUGAGCACUUACUAUGAUGGCAUUCUUUUAAGUCUACAUUUGUGGUCCAUCUACAGCAUUUGGAUUUGUAGACAGGGUGAGAAUGAUUUGGAUAGUGGGAGCUUUUAAUGUCAUUACUAUUCAAUAAAAUUGUCUUUAAAUUUAGCUAAGCAAAAAGUUGUACCCAGGGCAGGGCUAUUUUGAAAGUGGCGAGGGGAAUCCAAAGAUUAUCAGGCACUUCGAUUAUUUUAUUGUUUUCUCAGAAAUGGAGAAGGACUUCCACACGGUAGUUGGCUGGUGAAGUAAAGCAAUGAAAUUUAA